AUGCGAAUCAACGAAUCCGACGUUACCGGUGCUACUACCACAACACCAGAGCGCCAGGCCAAAGGUGGUAGCAAGAGAUGGAGUAUGAAGCUACGGUUAAAAGAGCGCGGAGAAGAAGUGGAGGAAGGCACGGAAGCAGAGGUGGAGGGAGCGAGGAGGAGGAAGAGAAGGCACUCGGAGGUUAAGGGCAGCAAAAAUUACUUUUCGUUUUUUAGCAAUUUCCGUCAAUCCUAUAACGCCAAAUUUACUAUUCUAUCACUCGUUCUCAUGGUCCUACUUAUGACUGGCUCUGCCGUUGCUGCUCCCACCGACAGUGAAGCUACUACUACAGCAACCGCUACCACUACUGAAAGUGCAACUUCCACGAGCUCUGAGGAAGCGGCAGCUACAACUACAGUUGUGACAACGGUGGGCACGAUAGAGACCCCAACGCUCUUCGACACAGUCAGCAUCGCCUCCAACUCCACCACCACCACCUGCCCGAUCUUCUUCUCAAGGUUUCUCAGCGACCCGCAAUUCCAGAAAUGUCUUCCUCUAUCAGGCCUCCUCCUGAGCUCGCAAUCUUAUUUUGAAAUCACCAAAGAGGGCGGCUUCGCAACCACUCAGGUCGUGGACCAGACCUGCAACGUAGAUGUCCCCACCUGUCAGCUCGUUAUGGAGAAGCUAGGGUGGCAGAUUGGGCUUGAGGAGAACUGCGGCGCAGACUUGCAGCUAGGGAACCCGGUCGUACAGCAGGCACGUGCUGCUUUUAUCUCAUACAAGGCGGUGUAUCUGGCGGGGUGCUUGAAGUCGGACUCGGGGUCUUACUGCUAUGUGGAUGCCCUAAUGAACGUCACCAGUCCAAGUGACUCGUACGUCUACUAUCUCCCGCUGGGACAGAACUUCCCGGGAGGUGCGAGACCUACCUGCUCUGACUGCUUGUCCAACACCCUGAGGAUAUACUCGGCCUUUGCUGGGAACUCGAGCCAGCCGCUGUAUGAUACAUACACCUCGGCGACCCAGCAGAUCAAUAUGGGUUGUGGACCUGACUUCUCCAACACAACUGUCCAGUUCCAGAUGUCGAACUCGGGCCGUAGCACGUUCUCCCCGGCGCCGCUCAUGCUCCUGUCAACGCUCCUGGUGGUGAUCGGUCUGAUAGUCUAG